UUUCCCCUCAAAUGCUGUAUUUGUUAGGUGACUUUGGAUCCACUUUUUUUCUUUUCAGUGCCUUCCACCAUUUUUUCUGUUGACCAAGACUUUCCUUUCUCUUCCCCUGCUUGUAAGCUGCAAUUGAGAACUCACCAUACUUUUCCUUCUUUCCUUUCUUCUCUUGUCUCUGUAACUGCAAUAUCGACCAAAAACAUGGCUGCUGAACUUGUUGGAGGAGCUUUGCUCUCUUCUCUGUUUCAGACACUGUUUAACAAGCUUGAUUCUCGAGAUCUGCGGGGCUUCUUUCGAGGACUGAAGGUGAACCAAGGGCUGCUGCAGAAACUGAAGGAUUCGUUGUGGCCGGCUAACCAAGUGCUGGUUGAUGCUGAGGAGAAGCAACUCACUAACCCGGAUGUCAGAGAGUGGCUUUUCGAGCUCAAGGAAACCAUUUAUGAGGCUGAAGAUGUGCUCGACGAGAUCAACUAUCGGACUUUGGAGCAUGAGCAGAAGGAAGCUAAACCAAGAAGCAAAUCAGUACGUAAGAAGCUCCAGUCUUUUCUUGCUUGUUUUGAUACGUUUGAUGAAGCUAUAGAGCGCAAGAUAGAGGAGAUCCUUGAUAGGCUGAAGCAUAUUGUUGAACAAAAAGAUAUCCUUGGUUUAAAAGAAGGUGUCACUAAAAGGCUUUCUCAAAGAUUACCCGCUCCUUUGGCUGAUGAAUCUCGUGUCUAUGGAAGGAAUGAUGAUAAGGAGAAAAUCAUGAAGCUCUUGCUUCCAGAUAGUGGUAGCAGUAGCGAGAACAAGAUAUCUGUGAUUCCCAUUGUGGGCAUGGGUGGCGUCGGCAAGACCACCCUUGCUCAGCUAGUAUAUGAAGAUAUAAGUGUGAAGAGUCAAUUUGAUAUCAGGUCGUGGGUUACUGUUUCUGAUGAAUCUGAGAUUUCUGUAAUAGCGAAACAAAUUCUUCAAGAGAUUACCUCGCAAAAAUGUGAAACUGAGGGCCUCUAUCAACUUCAAUGCAAGUUAAAGGAGUCAUUGAGCGGCAAGAGGUUUCUCUUUGUUCUGGAUGAUGUAUGGACCGAGAACUAUGAGCAUUGGGAGGCCUUACUGAGUUCUUUCCAGUCCGGAGCCAAUGGAAGCGGGAUCAUUGUGACAACACGUAGUGAUAUCGUCGCAAAGAAGAUGGGAAAUGUGCCUACACAUCACCUUGGGGAGGUAUCUGAUGAUGAUUGUUGGAAGUUAUUUGAGGAGCAUGUGUUUAUUAAUGGCGCAAGGUCAGAGGCGUAUCAAGAAUUACAUGCAAUUGGCAGAGAUAUUGUCAAAAAGUGCAAAGGUGUUCCUUUAGCGGUUAAGUCUCUUGCUGGUCUCUUGCGCUCGAUAGUGGAUCCAGAAGAAUGGAGAGAGAUACUCAAUAGUGACAUAUGGGAGUUGCAGUUGCAAGGAAAUCAGAGUAACAACAUUUUGCCUUCUCUGUCGUUGAGCUAUCAUUAUCUACCUUCACAUCUAAAGAAAUGCUUUGCUUACUGCUCAAUAUUUCCCAAGGAUUAUAAAAUGUAUGAAUAUAAAAAGGAAGAAAUAAUAUGGCUAUGGAUGGCGGAAGGUCUUUUGCAAUCUGGAAAGAGAGGGAAAAGAAUUGAGGAUGUAGGGAAUGAGUACUUUCAAGAUCUGAUAUCAAGGUCAUUGUUCCAACCAUUGAGUAAGGAUAAAUCGACCAUCUUAAUGCAUGACCUCACACAUGAUUUAGCAAUAUUUGUAUCGGGUGAAUUUUCUUGUAGGUUGGAUGAGGGUGACAAAGCUAAAUUUUCUGGCAAGAUUCGCCAUGUUUCAUACUCCAAAAUUGAUGACUUGGAGAGUUUUGAAGGUUUAUCUUUGGCUAAGAGUCUCCGCACUUGCGUAUCAUCAAAACCAUCCUAUUGGAUGCCCUCAAUUAGCAUCCAAUUCCAACAAUUGGAACGAUUGCUAUCUAUCGGAGGAUGCUUAAGAGCUCUUUGUCUAUCUGAAUCAGGCAUCAGAAUAUUGCCAGAUUCAAUUGGCAAUUUAAAACAUUUGCGGUAUUUGGAUUUAUCACGUAAUGGUGAAAUCAAAGAGAUACCCAAUACGCUCUGUAGAUUGUAUUAUUUGCAGACUUUGCGAUUAUCGCAGUGCAUACGACUAACUCAGUUGCCAAACGACAUGGGAAACCUAGUCAAUUUGCGCCAUCUUGAAAUUGAAGGCGUACCACUGGAGGAGAUGCCGCCUAUGAUGCGCAAUAUGAAAGACUUGCAAACACUACGCUACUUUGUUUUGUGCAAAAGGCGUGGCUCUAGCAUUAAGGAGUUAGGAGGGUUGCCUUACUUGUCCGGAGAACUUGAAAUCCGUAAGCUUGAAAAUGUUGAGGUCGUUGAGGAUGUUUUGGAGGCUAACUUAAAGGAUAAAAGGUAUCUCAACAAGCUAGUCUACCUUUGGAGCUCCAAUGAUGCCGCUAAUGAGUCAACAAGACAUGGAGAAGUUCUUGAUGCACUCCAACCUCACACAAAUGUGAAGGAGCUUCGUAUAGAGGGUUAUGGAGGCGAAACAUUCUCUAAUUGGCUACCUUCUCUCCAAAGUCUCGAAAUUUAUAACUGCCGCGGUGUGGAAAGAAUAGGUGCUGAAUUUUACGGUGAGAGUUCUUCCAAUACUAAACCAUUUAGAUCUUUAAGAUCUUUAAAAUUUAAAGACAUGCCAGCGUGGCAAGAGUGGUCAAUUCCUGAAGGCCGAGAAGAUGGCGGAUGCUUCCCUAGUCUUGAGCACCUUCGUAUUAUCAAAUGUCCCAAGCUAAGUGGGUGCUUACCAGACUAUUUACCUUCUCUUGAAGAAGUGGAUGUAAGAGAUUGUCCCGAAUUCUUGUUAUGUAACUUUCCAUCAAACUUGAAAGCAUUUGGCAUUAAUUCUUAUGAAGAUGUGAUGAAAUUUCCAAGCUUAGAGAUUUCAGGGCGCUAUGAAAAUGUGAUGAAAUUUCCAGAGACAUUGCUUCCGACCACUCUGACUUCUCUUUAUAUUGAGAACCUUGAGAAUCUUCAAGUUCUGAAUGGGGAGGGCUUUGAACACCUCACUUCUCUUGAAGAGUUGAUGAUCGAAGAUUGCGAAGAGCUCCAGUGCUUUCCGGGAGAGAUGCUGCCCAAAUCACUCACUACUCUCUGUUUAUAUGAGCUUAAUAAGCUUGAAGACCUUGGCAAGGGCCUACAACAUCUCACCUCCCUUAAAGAGUUGAGAAUUUCUUAUUGCAAAAAUCUCCGGUGCUUGUCAGGAACUGGGUUGCCCGCUUCUCUGACUUCUCUCUGUAUCGCAUACCUUCCAAGCCUUGAAGACAUAGGUGAUGACUUCCUUCGACACCUCAUCUCCCUUGAAAAGCUGGAAAUUAAGAAGUGCAAUAAUCUCCAGUACAACGCAGUGGAAGAGAAUGGGAAGGGAGUACUUGAGCAGCUCAUCUCUCUUAAAAAGCUGGUCCUUUCGAAUUGUGAAAAGCUCCAGAGCUUGCUCGAAGGGCAAUUGCCCACAUCUCUCACUUCUCUCGAGAUCCGUGGUUUUCCAAGGCUUAGAGACUUGAAUCGCAUGGGCUUUCAACACCUCUGCUCUCUUCAACACUUGCUGAUUGGGAAUUGCAAAAAUCUGAAGUGCUUGCCUGACGAGGGGCUGCUGUCCUCUCUUGAUUCUUUGCGUAUCUCCAGAUGUCCUCUCGUAGGAAGAAUUGAUAAUUGGAGUUGGCGUCAGCGUCGCUUAGGUUAAUCAUC